GAUUGUCCCGCAAUGACUGUAGUUUAGUCUUGCAUUUUCAUCAGUACCCAGCUCUUGCAGCUAGCGCCCAUCCCCCUUCUCGCAACCUGCUUCUAUCGGUCCCUGCCUGUCAAGAACCGAUGCAUUGACUACACAAUCUGUCAUGUCGAAACAAUACCUUUCCUGCGGUUCUGCAGACAAUGCACACCCUACCGACAUCUACGGGCUGGCCGUGACUGACAAGUUCUGCUUCUCAGCCUCUGGAUCCUCUUCUCUCAAAGUCCAUUCGACCCUCGAUCCCGAAUUCCCGUUAAUCCAGUCCAUUGAUGACGCCCAUAAGCUUGGCUGUCACCAUGUCGUCACCAAUCUCAGGGGAUCACGAGCAGCUAGCAUUGGGUUUGCGGGGGAGAUCGCGAUCUGGUCCUGCCACGACAAUGUCUGGUCUAAAGAUCGUACCGCCUCAGUAAACCCGACUGGGUCUGCGGGCAUCUGGGCAAUUGCCUUGUCCGCGGACGGGCAAUAUCUUGCUGGUGUGAGCCAAGAUGGACACGUCAAAGUCUGGGACCUGAACGCAAAUGGUGAAGAGAUUCGAGACUACGAAACUAAGGGUAGUUUCGGCACCUGCAUAGACCUGUCCGCAGAUGGUCGAUUCCUUGCAAGUGGACAUGAAAAUGGUAGCGUGUACAUCUUCAGUACAGAAACGGGUCGCAUGCCAUUCAGCUUAUCUGGCCUAGUGAAACCUGUCAGAGCAGUUGCUUUCUCUCCAGGAGGGAAGUUCCUUGCUGCUGCGGGAGAUUCGAAGGUUAUCGUGUUAUAUGACACAUCGUCUGGUGAACAAGUGGCCAAUCUAUCAGGUCAUGCAGCGUGGAUUAUGUCUCUCUCGUGGAGCAAUACGGGAGAAUAUCUUCUUAGCGGCUCUUUCGAUGGAAAAGUCAAGGUGUGGUCAAUUGACACCAGGGCAUGUGUAGCCACUCACUCCGAAACCGAGAAGUCUAUCUGGAGUGUGAGAUGGCUGCCGAAAAUCGGCCGCUCGGAAGGAUUUGCCACUGCGGGAGCAAGUAGAAGCAUAUCGUUCUACCGCGAGGCCACGGGUGGCUGAUCUUUAGAAAAUUGACUAAAGCUAACUAAGUGGCUCUAACUUAUGGAAAGUGUCCUUCAGCCGCCCGAUUUUCCAAAUCGCUUGCCAAAUGCCCGGGGGUGAUGCGGCUUCGCUGGGAGUCCAUCUUCCCGCAUACAGUUAGUUUUCCUGCAGCAUCAUCCGAGUCGUAUUCAUAAGCAUGUAUCAUCAAGCAUUUCUGUCUUGUCCAGUAGCUCGUUAUUUCAUUGUUUCGACGAACAACUUCCGCAUCCUCUUCAGGAAACCCCCAAAAUCGCGAUCUUCAUUUACGAUAUCCAGUUCCCGUUCUAGGGCUUCUCGAUUGAUCUUGGGUCGCGUGUGGAAGACAUCAUAGUCCCGGCUCGCGGUUCCAAGCUCAAACCAAGCCUCAGCGUCCCAGUCUUUCUCCAAUAAGUGCGUGUAAACG